CCGCACCAACCCGGCCAGGAGUGGAAGCGGCUGCGGGAGCAAACAGGUCCUCAGAACCAGCGCUAGGCCAAUGGGAUUGACAAAAUUCAGUCUUAUUUUUUGGUAUCCUGGUUAGAACAGGUGUUUAAAUAUUUCUAGAGAAUCUCCUGAAUCUUAACGGCCAGUUGGAGAAGUACCAAGGGGCGCCCAAACCGUUGCUCUCAGUGUUCCGGGAUGCAGGCUGGAGUAGGUUUCCCAAUGGGAAUCCUGUUCCCCAGCCAGGAGCUGAUUGCCGGCCGUGCGGAGGGAAGAAAUGCCUCCGUGGCGAGUCCCUGCUGCCACCGGGUGGUAAUCGCUCUCCACUGCAUUUUUACAGACCUUGACCGAAUUCAUAUUUUCAUUUAUGUGAUAAUUUACCCAACGUCAAUUUUGUUCCUAUUCGCGUCCUUUUUUUAGUACGGUUUCCAGAGCAAGGAAAACGCAAUUUGUAUCUGAGAGCAAAGAGAAACGCAGAACGCAGAGAGAAAGACGCCUUUAAUUAAGACUUUGCAUCUUUUUCUACUGAAAUAUUUUUAACCUGCUUCUGCCUUUUCAUGUCCUUUUUCCGUUGGUGCAGGUGCUCUUGCACGCAGCACAUUUCGGGGUAGAGACAUUCCAGCUCUGACGCCACGUUCUCUAUCGGAACGGUGGUUGUGGGCUGCAGCUUUUUUGUAGACUUCACUGUUUUCCGUUACAAGGUGUGCUGCGUCGUGACAGGAACAGGCUUUUUAAAGCUGUUUGCUUUGAGCCUUCUUGGCACAUUCACACGAAGCUAUUUCUCUGCUUUUUUUUUUUUUUUAAAUAUUUAAAGUGCUGAGACAAUUUUUGCCGCUGUGCUUUAAUAGGAUUUGCAGCUGUGAAUGUGCUUUAAUAGAAUUUACAGCUGGGCUGAAGUAUCCCCUCUCUUAAAAUAACAUUGCAGCUUCGUGAUUCAGGAGAAUGUGCUUCCCACUAGUUGCUUUGUAGCUGUGAAUGCUCUGGAGCAAGAGGAGAAUAUGAGCAAACCCAAAACUUUUGUCUGUGGCUAAAUAGGAAGCAUAAUCCUGUGGUUAGGGACUGGAACUGUAAAUGAGCGUAUUUGGGUCUUGUUUUUUUGCUUUGCUGAUGACUUGCUUUCAGCUCUCUCAUGCGGUUUUUAACCUGCCAGGUUUUUUUUUCUCCAUCGGUAAAGUGGUAAUAGGAAAAUCUAUAGGAAAAUGGGAAAAAAUAGGAGUGUUUUUAGAUCAUUAAGUGAUCGGUUUGGGGAUCUUUAUGUGCUGCAAGGCGCUGGAUCAGAAAGAUGGCAGGUGGGAAAUAGUGCAGGAUGUGGUGUCAUUGGAACCCGGCGAGAGCUGUGGGUCUUCUGUUUCUCAAACUGAAAAGCAGUUGGUGGCUGGGGAACCAACGGAAGAAAUGUGUUAUCUUAAAAAGCUGCAUAAUAGAUACCGCCUGCCUGUCGUGGCUCUGGGCCAGUAGUUUUCGUAGCUGGUCCCACAACGUCAAUCCAGAAUACACAGAAAAGAAAGCAGUGAGACUCCACAGAGCGGUUUAAAUCUUGCAGGUUUCCGAAACCAGAAGGAGAAUUUCGCUGCCAUCACUGACCUACGGAGGCAACUUUCAAGCUCAGAAUGGAGCUGGUGAGCAGGCAGGACCCCCACCUCCGAGAGGUCGUGUGGUUUGCGGUGUGCUGCAGAGCCCUGACGCUUCUGCUGCAGGCUCUGUUUAACCUCCUGAUCCCAGAUCACGCUGCAGACGCCUUCUCUCCCCCUCGCCUGUCCGAGCCUGGCCUGUGGGACCUGCUGUUGGAGUGGCUGCUGGGAGGCCUCUCGCACUGGGAUGCAGAGCACUUCCUCUUCAUCGCCGAGCGCGGUUACCUGUACGAGCACAACUGCGCCUUCUUCCCGCUGUACCCCCUGAGCGUGCGUGCCGUGGCCGAGGGUGCUCUGUGGCCCUUGCGGUGGCUGCUGGGUUUGAGGAGCCGCCUCCUGCUCUCAGCCGUACUUCUUAAUUCUCUCUUUUCCGUCCUGGCAGCCACUGCCCUGUAUAAGCUGGGCUGCGUCGUGCUGCAGUGUCGUAGGGUGGCUUUCCUUGCUGCCGUUCUCUUUUCUGUCAGCCCUGCCAAUGUAUUUAUGGCAGCUGCUUACUCAGAGAGCAUGUUUGCCUUCCUGGCAUUCAGUGCCAUGUGGCAACUGGAGAAGGGGCAGAGCUGGCUCAGUGGACUGCUCUUCUGCCUUGCUUCUGGGGUGCGUGCCAACGGGCUUAUUAAUGCUGGCUUCUUUCUCUACUCCCGCGGUAAAUGCUUUGCCUUCCAGCUCCAGGUGGGUUCAGGAUCGGUAAGGAAGCUCCCUCCGUUCUGGAAGGAACUCCUUAGCGUUGCAUCUUCAGCGGUUCUGAUGUGUGCUGUCAUUUUUCUACCUUUUGCUUUAUUUCAGUAUUAUGCCUAUGUGAGGUUCUGUGGUCCUGGCACCAGCCUGGAGCAGACUGUCCCCAAGCCGCUACUGCAGCUGGCUCUGGACAAGAGUUAUCGUCUGGCAGCCACGAACGGGGUUAAACCCCCUUGGUGCUCCCAGCGAUUCCCCAUGGUCUAUUCCUAUAUUCAAGAUGCUUACUGGAAUGUGGGCUUUCUAAGGUAUUUUGAGCUCAGGCAGAUACCAAAUUUCUUGCUUGCUUUGCCUGUCACGCUCCUGGGCUCGUGGGCUACCUGGACCUACAUCAUUGCGAAUCCCCGGCACUGCCUAACUCUUGGUCUAGAGAGAAGAAAGAGUGAAGAAGAGGGUAAGCCAAGACUUGGAUUUUGCUGCCCCGCUGUCUUCGUGUAUGUGGUCCAUGCCACAGUCCUGCUGGUGUUUGGAUUCCUCUGCAUGCACGUGCAGGUGUUGACCCGGUUCCUUGGCUCCUCUUCUCCUGUCCUGUACUGGUUCACUGCUCACCUGCUUCAAGAAUACGAACCUUUGCUCUGGAGCGAAGGGACUGAUAAUCAAACCGCGGCACCUCGCUCCGAGAAGUCUCUUCUAGAUAAAUCUCCUGGUUCCUGUGGGCGAGGGACUUCUGAAAACCCCGUUGUGAGGCUGCUGCUGGACUGUAGAUUAAUCACCCCCCUCAGCAAAUGCAUUCUUGGAUUUUUCCUGUCCUACUGGCUGCUGGGACUGGUUCUGCACUGCAACUUCUUGCCGUGGACGUAGUGGGGGUGUAUUGGUACAGACAGGUCGCGGGGCAGAAUUGAAACUCGUUUUUGCUAAAAACCUUGAUGUAUAUACAA